CUCUCAGUCUCAGUUCUGCCGCCGGAGCGGAAGGCUUCAGACUCUCUGAACCAGAACCAGAGAGAGAAAGGAGUGGCCAUGGCGGUGGACAAAGGCAAGCAUCAGGAGGAAGCUUACAAACGCUUCUGCAAAAUCAUACUCGGCUGGGACUAUUUCCGCCUCCUCAAACAUUGUAGUAAGAACGCCAAAAAUGCAGAAUCGGACUUGAAGGAAGUGAAGGAUACGUACAAGGAUGUUGAUGAUUAUUUAGGUACAUUUGAGCCACUUUUGCUCGAGGAAGUUAAAGCGCAGAUCGUUCAAAGGAAAGAUGAAGAAGAGCCUCCGGAGUGGAAGCUAAGGCUGGUUAUGAAAUGCAGCGAGGAAGAUGGAUUUCACUGUCCAUUUGUUACGUAUGAAGCAGGCGGAGAGGAAUCAGUAUCACAGAAUGAUCUCCUGCUGCUUUCAAAAGAGGAGAUUAAAGAGGGAAGCAAAAAACUCCCAGCAACAUAUGCAUUUGCAUUGGUGGAGCAUAGAGAAAAACAUCUCCUUAAGCUCAGAACGUACUUAGGAGGAGAGUUCGUGCAAAUCUAUCCUGAUGUUGAAAAAUAUUCUGAGAGAUUGGCAAGUAUGCCAGCUAUUUUUACUUCCACUGCCCCUUCACUAGAAAGAAGAUUGUACAGUUUAAAGAUUUGCAGUUUAUCAACCAUUGUCCGUGAGUACAUAGCUUUGCGUUCAAUUGGCUCUCUUCCUUUCAAGGAUUUAAUAUUAAUGGCUUCUGAAAAAAAUACUGGCUCUAAUUAUCAAGCCUGGAAAAUUUCUGGAUCCUUGCAUGAUUAUCUUGAUGAGAAUCUUAACAAGUCUCAAAAGGAAGCUAUUGAUGCUGGUCUAUCUCGUAAAACUUUUAUUCUGAUACAGGGCCCCCCAGGAACAGGAAAAACACAGACAAUCCUUGGACUUCUUAGUGCCAUUUUGCAUGCAACUCCAGCAAGAAUACACUCCAAGGCUGGAUUGGGGGAAAUACACCGUGGGCCAGAACGACCCCUUCAAGAAAAAUAUAAGCAUUGGGAACAGGCUUCUCCGUGGCUAUUUGGUGCUAAUCCCAGAGACAUUAUUAUGCCUAUGGAUGGUGAUGAUGGUUUCUUUCCUACCUCUGGAAAUGAGUUGAAACCAGAAGUUGUUAAUUCAAGUCGAAAAUAUCGUGUACGGGUGCUGGUAUGUGCCCCAUCAAACUCUGCUCUUGAUGAGAUUGUAUUUCGCCUUCUAAAAACUGGUGUUCGCGAUGAAAAUGUUCGUUCAUAUACUCCAAAAGUUGUGCGCAUUGGUCUUAAACCACACCAUUCGGUUGAGACUGUCUCGUUGGAUUACCUUGUUAAUCAGAAGCGAGACUUCGCUGGUGAUAAACAGAAACAAGGAGCCACGGGAAGGGAUGUGGAUAGUGUUCGUGCCACAAUCUUGGAUGAAGCUGUGAUUGUCUUCUCCACCCUCAGCUUUAGUGGUUCAGCCGUUCUCACUAAAAUUAAUUCUGGCUUUGAUAUUGUUAUAAUAGAUGAAGCUGCCCAAGCUGUGGAACCUGCAACUCUAGUUCCUCUAGCAAGUGGAUGCAAACAAGUGUUUUUGAUUGGCGAUCCAGUUCAACUGCCUGCUACUGUAAUUUCUCCCAUUGCUGAGAAAUUCGGCUAUGGAACAAGUUUGUUCAAGAGAUUUCAAAGGGCUGGUUAUCCAGUUACUAUGCUUAAGACCCAGUAUCGAAUGCAUCCCGAGAUUAGAAGCUUUCCUUCAAAGGAGUUCUACAAUGAGGUGCUAGAGGAUGGAUCUGAUGUUCAAGAUCAGACAACUCGUGAUUGGCACAAAUUUCGAUGUUUUGGACCAUUUUGCUUCUUUGAUAUACAUGAAGGAAAAGAGUCACAGCCAUCAGGAAGUGGUUCUUGGGCAAAUGAGGAUGAGGUUGAGUUUGCUUUAGUCAUGUAUCAUAAAUUUAUAACCAUGUUUCAAGAGGUUAAGUCAAGCUCUCAGCUAGCAAUUAUAAGCCCCUACAGACAUCAAGUAAAGCUUUUUCAAGAGCGAUUUCAGGAUACUUUUGGGGUGGAGUCAGAAAAAGUUGUUGAUAUUGGUACAGUCGAUGGUUUCCAGGGGCGAGAGAAGGAUGUUGUGAUAUUUUCCUGUGUUAGGGCAAACAAAAGUACUGGAAUAGGCUUUGUGUCUGAUUUUCGGCGAAUGAAUGUGGGAAUCACCAGAGCGAAGUCUUCUGUACUGGUACUAGGUUCAGCCUCAACUUUGAGGCGUGAUGAACACUGGAAAAACUUGAUAGAAAGUGCUGAGGAGCGAGGAUGUUUCUUUAAGGUCUCCAGGCCGUUUGUUUCAUUUUUCAGCGAUGAAAAUUUGGAGUCUAUGAUGGAGAAGGAUGGGGAUACACCAAUGCCAGACGGGAUUGGCGCUGAUGAUAUUGAAAAUAAUGCACAGGAGAACAAUGCUGCGGAUGCUGACCGAGGGGCACCAGAUGACUAUGGUGAUGGGGAUGGAGAAAUGUAUGAUGGAGGCUUUGAUGAAGACUAGCAUGCCGGUUUGCUGUUGUCGCAAAAGUUUUGGUUGCUUUAUAGAUUAUUCAUUGCUAAUUCAAAAUUUGAAUUUGUAAAACUGAAGAAGAUAAGAAUUAAGAAUGCGGAAAAUCAGUACGUUAUGGUGCUCAAGACGUCUUGAUUUUGAUAUUUAUUAUAAAAACUAAUAUAUAAC